CCCCCCCCCCUCUGCUCCUCCUCCUCCUCCUCCUGCUGUUCAGGCGGGUGAAGCUGCAUUUCUGACAUUUCUCUGUCAAACUGCGGACGUCUCCGUCCUCCACUCCGUCUGAGAGGAAAACUCUUCGGCAGCUUCUCUCUGAUCCUCCCACCUUAACCGCCAAAAUCUAAGCGGCCCCCCCAUGGAGCGCGUGCAGCACAUGACCAAGUCGGCCAUCCGCCGGGCGUCCCAGAUCGAGGUCAACCCCCAGGCCAAGAGGAACCUGCAGGAGCUGUUUGUGAACUUCACGCUCAUCCUCAUCUGCCUGCUGCUCAUCUACAUCAUCGUCCUGCUGAGCAGCUGAGGCAUGGGCCCCCCCAGGAUGGAAGGGGGUGCCCCCCCCAGGGUCGCAGGAGGUGCCCCCCCCAUACCCCCCCCCAGGGUCGCAGGAGGUGCCCCCCCCCCCACAAGAUUGACCCAUCAGGGUCAUGUGAUCCACUGAACCCCCCCUUUUGCACCUGACGUGAUCCUGCAGGUAGCCUGAAAACUCCAUCUCCCAUGAGCCUCGCUGCUUCCCGAGGUCAAACACGUGACGCCUGCGGUUCUGACAUCAGCAGCAAGCAGCCCAAACGUCCCGACCCAUUUAGAGAUGAUGUCUGUGAAUCUGGCGCCUCCUAGUGGCUGAACCCCCAAACUGCAGGAUGUUUUCUUUUUCUGAUUUGUGAUAAACGGAGGGAGAGAUUUUAUCUCCGUGUUCGUCAUCAGACCUGCAGCAAAUACGCCGCCGCAGAAAUGUAGACAGUUUGUCGUGAUGUGAAACAGAAGUUUGUGUUUGUUCCACAGAAUAAAAGACGUUCCACGUCUAACGGCGUU